CGACAAGGGCAUGUCCUGGGCAGAAGGUGCGGCCUUUCCGGCCAGGUUGGCGGCCCCCAGCAGCUCCAGGCGUUCAGGAACCAUCGACCCAGGGGCCAGGCCCCAGCUCGCCGUUUAUCUGACGUCCCAGCCCCCGCCCCUAGACACAAGAAAUGGCUUUUCCAGAGUCCCUGGGCCCAGAAAUCCACCCCCCGCCCCAGGCCUCUUCCAGCUAGGAGACUCGGCCCAAGCCCCUUCCACCUGAGCAUAGGACCCGCCGUGCAGAAAGGCGCCAGGAUCCAAGAAUCCAGGCACCUCACAGCCUCUGGGCCCAUAUGUGAGCCCCCCGCAACCUCCCAGGGCCCAGGACAGGACCCAAGAUGUAGCUUCCCAUCCCUCAAGGACUUAGUGUCCAGGCCUGCAAGGCCCUGAAGCCAGGCCUUGUCGUCGUUGCACCCCGGAAUGGGAGCGUGAGCCUGGGAUGGAGGCAGGAGGGGCCAGAACGCCUGGGUUCUGGCCUCCUCCCCUGCGAUCCACGUUUAACCCCUUCGGACUCCUACGGGGCUGUAUGGGGUGGGGGCGGAGCCUGUCUCCGCGGCAACAAGGCAGCUAGAAUCCCGGGGGAGCCGGGUCGCCAUAGCAACGGGAGAGCUGGCGCUCCCCUGCCCUGCUGAAGCUGUUUCCCGGGGAACGGUGCCUCCAUGGAGGCGGAUGCGCGGUGCUUGGGGGAGGGAGCUGCUGCUGGGGGUCUCAACAUCUGGGUUCUGGGGAGCGAAGAGCCGGGAGACUACAUGUCAACAGCUCCCGGACCCUCAGUGACCCCGCUGCUCCCACCCCCAGGCCCCGGGGUCAGCCCAGGUGGCUGGGCUAUGCGGGCGCCCAACACUUCACCGGGACCUGCGCACCGGCCGCUGGGAGCCGGACCCCCAACGCUCGCGACGCUGUCUCCGGGACCCGCAGCGUGUGCUGGAGUACUGCAGACAGAUGUACCCGGAGCUGCAGAUUGUGCGUGUGGAGCAGGCGACGCAGGCCAUCCCCAUGGAGCGCUGGUGCGGGGGUGCUCGGGGCGGCCGCUGUGCCCAACCUCACCAUCAGGUUGUGCCCUUCCGCUGCCUGCGGGAUGAAUUCGUGAGCGAGGCCCUGCUGGUGCCGGAAGGUUGCCGGUUCUUGCACCAGGAGCGGAUGGACCAGUGCGAAAGUUCCACUCGGAGGCAUCAGGAGGCGCAGGAGGCCUGCAGCUCCCAGGGCCUCAUCCUGCAUGGCUCCGGCAUGCUUUUGCCCUGUGGUGUGGAUCGGUUCCGGGGUGUGGAGUAUGUGUGCUGCCCCCCUCUGGCGACCCCUGACCCAUCUAGGACAGCAGUUGGUGACCCCUCCACCCGGUCCUGGCCCCUGGGGGGCAGAGCACAGGGGGGUGAGGACGAGGAAGAUGAAGAAUCCUUCCUACAGCCAGUAGACGAUUACUUUGUGGAGCCCCCACGGGGUCAAGAUGAAGAAGAGGAAGAAAGAAUCCCCCUCCCAAACUCCCAUACCCCCGCAGAGGUCAGCAAAGAUGGUGUGGACGUGUACUUUGGCAUGCCCGGGGAAAUCAGUGAGCAUGAGGGAUUUCUGCGGGCCAAGAUGGACCUGGAGGAGCGUAGGAUGCGUCAGAUCAAUGAGGUGAUGCGUGAGUGGGCCAUGGCAGACAACCAGUCCAAGAACCUGCCUAAAGCAGACAGACAGGCCCUGAACGAGCACUUCCAGUCUAUUCUGCAGACCCUGGAGGAACAAGUGUCCAGCGAGCGACAGCGCCUGGUGGAGACUCACACCGCCCGAGUCAUUGCUCUUAUCAAUGACCAGCGCCGGGCUGCCCUGGAAGGUUUCCUCGCAGCGCUGCAGGGCGACCCGCCUCAGGCAGAGCGUGUCCUGGUGGCCCUGCGGCGCUAUCUGCGUGCAGAGCAGAAGGAGCAAAGGCACACAUUGCGACACUACCAGCAUGUAGCUGCUGUGGAUCCCGAGAAGGCCCAGCAGAUGCGUUUCCAGGUGCAGACACACCUUCAAGUGAUUGAGGAAAGGAUGAAUCAAAGCCUGGGCCUGCUAGACCAGAACCCCCACCUGGCUCAGGAGCUUCGGCCCCAGAUUCAGGAACUCCUCCGCUCUGAACACCUGGGUCCCAGCGAAUUGGAAGCCCCUAUCCCAGGGAGCAGCAGUGAGGACAAGGAUGGGCCGCAGCCUCCGGAUUCCAAGGAUGCAGACACCUCCAUGGCCCUUCCAAAAGGGUCCACAGAACAAGAUGCUGCAUCCCCUGUGAGAGAAAAGAUUUCUCCUCUGGAGCAGUCUGAGCAGAAGGUGAAUGUGUCUGUUCCAAGGGGUUUUCCUUUCCACUCAUCGGAGAUUCAAAGAGAUGAGCUGGCUCCGGCUGGGACCGGCGUGUCCCGUGAGGCUGUGUCUGGGUUGCUGAUCAUGGCAGCGGGUGGGGGCUCCUUGGUUGUCCUCUCCAUGCUGCUGCUGCGCAGAAAGAAGCCCUAUGGGGCCAUCAGCCACGGAGUGGUGGAGGUGGACCCCAUGCUGACCCUGGAGGAGCAGCAGCUCCGUGAACUCCAGCAUCACGGCUAUGAGAACCCCACCUACCGCUUCCUGGAGGAACGACCCUGACCUGGCCCUGUCACCCUUUCCGCUAAGCCCAGACCUUCCCACUCCCUGGAGUCCCAGAACCCCAACUUCCAGCCGGGGGGAGGGUCAUGAAGAGUUCAUUUCACACCCUUUUAUGGGGGGGGGGCUGGAAAUUCUCAUUUCCCUUUUUAUCCCUAAGAAAUCCCUGCGUAUCCCCAGCCACCUCCCUGCUUGGGACCUUUUCACUUUAAUUUAUUUUGUAAGUUAAUUUAUGGUUCCUUAAGGUGACCACCACCUUGGCCCUAGUGUCUGUUGUUCCCUGGAAUUCACCCUCCCCCCUUUCUCCCACUAACCUCCCAAUAAAGUUCUUUUCCCUA